CGGCCAGCAGACAAACUCUCAAGUCCGAUCAGAAACGAGAACAAAAGAGAAGAGAUUGAAUUUUGGUGGCACCAUGUUCAAGAGAGACGACUACAUUCUGGCAGGGUUUCGCCCGAUCCAUGCUUCUGCGUAAACCCAUUUCAGAAACUGCAGAAUUACGCAAGACUUUUGCGGACUACUCCUUAAUUUCUCGAGAUUUAGGUCCAAAGAUUCUGAUAGGAGCCAACGAUAAGGACAAUUUCAGAAAAGAGAAAGAUCGUGUAGGUAGUAGAUACAGAGUCCAAGGAGCCUUCCCGGGUCUGUAUGAGCUCGGUCAUGACCAUGGCCGAAAAGAUGAUGUUCUUGUGGCUAAUCUUGGUCAACCUGAAAGCAUUAGAUCUCGGCUCCGUGGCAACCGAACUGAAGAGAAGAAGUAUGAUUCUGCAGAAGAGAGAGAGGUCAGUUCUGAUGCAGCUGAGAAGGAGAUUAAUUCUCUUCCAUCUAUACUUAGACUCAGUCCGUCCAGACCUCAACCGGUUUCAGAGAGACAUGAUGACAUUGUUGAUGAGUCUGACUCUGCUUCUGUUUGUGGAGUCUUACUAGAAGAUGGUACUACUUGCACUACAAUUCCAAUCAAAGGAAGAAAGAGAUGCGCAGAGCAUAAAGGGAAGAAGCUUUCACGUGUUUCCCCCGAAAAUCACAUACCGUGUGAAGUUCCCACCGCAAGAGAAUCCAAAGAAACUGAGGAUACAUGUGGAGUGAUUUUACCUGAUAUGUGGCUCUUUGGUAGAAAACAAGAAGCUGAAGUAGGACCGUUUUCAGCAUGGAAUAUUACUGGCACAUAUAAAGACUACUUAUCAAAAGUGGGUAUCUCAGGAACUUGGAAGUUUCUGAAUUCCGUAAAUAGCUCUUCAAAAUUCCAAGACUUUCAAAAAGAAAUGGCAAUGAUAGUGCUUUCUUCUGCCGAUGGCUUGUUUGAUGUGUUAUUAAUGUUCCAAGAGCUUACUAGUGUCAACUUUCUGUUGUUGUACAGCUUGGAAUUAUCUCCUCUCAAGUCUUUCAAGAAUCUGCAAAGAGACAGAUUACUGAAACGGAAACUUUUCCAAUACGGUUUACUUUUCAGCUACUCUGAUCUUCGAUUCUCUUGUACUUCAGCUCCAGUACUAAAUGAGAUGGAGAAGCACUGUAAUAUCGAAAUAGCAGCUCAAGGAAUUUCUACCUCAAGACAAUUGCAGGCGAGUGAAGAGCCUGUAUCAUCACCUUUGUCAUCUCCAGCUCUGUUGGGUAGUGGAAAAGAAGAUGAGCAGAAGAUUAUCCCAAAGCGUCAGAAAGUUCAGGCUGUCCUCAAGUCCAUGAAGCAGAGUCCUAGGAAGGUCAACCUGGUUGCAGCACUAGUCCGUGGCAUGCGUGUCAAACGGGCUUCACAAACCGUGUACCGGGUUAUCCACGCUGCCCUGGGAAAUGCUACUCAUAAUCAUGGACUAGAUCCUGACCGUCUCCUUGUUGUCUCAAGCUACACCGCGGUGGCUAAAGCGAUCAUGGUUCUCUUCUCGCCUCGAAAUAUCAUUCGUUGGGAACUGGAACAGAUUUACGAGACAGCUAAAAAGGAGAUGGCCUCCUUGGAACGUAAGUGGGAAGAGCAGAUCGAGACAACUAAAAAGGAGAUAGCUUCCUUGGAACGUAAGUGGGAAGAGCAGAUCAAGACAUGUGAAAAGGUGGACGAGCUGAUCGAGACAUGUAGAUUGAUCUUGGAACAGCAGAAGAAGAAAUACAUAUUGAUCUCUUACGCUUUAACCGAGAUUAAAUCCAUGGCUUCACGAACGGGGUUGGAUCCUCAGGAAAUUAAAGAAAUGUGCAGAAAUCUUGAAAGCAAACAAGAUAAGAAAUCAUUGAAUCUGUCCCCAGAUGACAAUAUGCAUGUGGAGGGGUUUGCACUAAGUGUCUUUGCAAAGGCAGACAAGCAGGAUCGUGCAGGAAGAGCUGACUUGGGCACUGCCAAAACUUUUUAUGCUGCGGCAAUCUUCUUUGAAACUCUGAGCCAGUUUGGCCCUGUACCUCCUGAUAUAGAGCAGAAACAGAAGUACGCUGCUUGGAAGGCUGCUGACAUAAGGAAAGCCAUUAAAGAAGGAAGGAAGCCCACUCCAGGUGAUCCUGUUGAUGAUGAUAAUGAUUUACCCAUCCCAUCAAGCGGUCCUAGUGGCUCCUAUGAUCACGGUGCAAAUGUCCCGCCUCCACCACCGUCUUCUUACCCUUCCAACGAUCUCCUUCCCCCUCCCACGGGACCAUCAGACUCCCCUUACCAGCAUCCUUACAGUCAUCAACCAUACCACCAAGACCCGUCACAACACAUGCCGCCACCACAAAACUACUCAGCCCAUGAGCCUUCUCCAAAUUCUCUCCCCAAUUUCCAAUCUUAUCCUAGCUUCAGUGAGAGCAGCCUCCCAUCCACUCCUCCCCACUACCCUUCUCACUACCAAAACCCAGAACCUUACUAUUCUUCUCCGCAUUCCGCACCUGCUCCUUCUUCCGCAAGCUUCUCCUCUGCUCCUCCUCCUCCACCUUACUCAUCAAACGGGCGUAUCAAUAUUGCUCCUGUGCUAGAUCCUGCACCGAGUCCAGCUCAGAAGUACCAUUACGACAGCAGCUACCAGCCAGGGCCUGAGAAGGUUGCAGAGGCACACAAGGCUGCUAGAUUCGCUGUGGGAGCUUUGGCUUUUGAUGAAGUCUCGACUGCUGUAGAACAUCUCAAGAAGUCACUUGAGUUGCUAACAAAUCCAUCGGCCGGUGCCGGUCACUGAAUUUUAUAUUUAAUCUGUGAAACUUGGGGUUGAUGUUAGUGCGUGUGUGUGCUCACAAUCACAUCGUGGGUUUGUUUAUUAACUUUUCAGGCUCAGACUUCGUGUACAAAGAAAAAUGGUGUGAAUUA